UAAACCUGAUUCGUCCAAGUUUAUAACCCCACCAACACCACUCAGACUUUCCAAAUAAAACGGAUCCAGCUGUGUGCGGCUGUGCGCCCUCAGUGCGUCACACUGCUCUGCUGUUUGGUAGACUGUCAAACAGAGAGAGAAGGAAAGAUGUCUGGAAUCAUGCUGCUGUUGGUAUCUUUGACUUUGAGCCUGGGGGAGACCGACAGAACGGCGCAGAGCGGGUCAGUGAUCCUGUGGGAUGCCCUGGAGCUUGGUCCGGCCAGUCUGAACGAUAUAUUCCGAGAGGUGGAGGAGUUGAUGGAGGACACCCAGCACAUACUGGAGGAGGCUGUUGAUCAGAUUACUACUGAGAGUGCUAAAUCAUCUUUAACGUCCCUGGAUCUGCAUACUAACAACCACAAUGAGACAAAGAAGAUGAUAAAGGAUGGAGACAGAGCGUUUCAGAUCCUAGAUAGAGCUGACAAGGAGACUGAUAAUGAAACAGGAGAGCUUCAUCUUUCACACACCCAUAUGGAGAUUUCUGGCCAUUGGAACAAUGUGGAUCACGAAUGCAUGGUGGAUGAGGACUGUGGUGACCUGAAAUACUGCCUGUAUGAGAUUGUGAACUCCAGGUGCCUCCCCUGCAUACCAACGGAUAUGCCCUGCACUAAGAAUGAGGAGUGUUGCUCAGAUCAGAUAUGUGUGUGGGGCCAGUGUACCGUCAAUGCCACCAAAGGAACAGAGGGAACUAUUUGUCAGGGUCAAAGUGACUGCAGGCCGGACCUCUGCUGUGCCUUUCAACGAGAGCUGUUGUUUCCAGUGUGUAAUCCCAAACCAGAGAAGGGGGAGUCCUGUCUGAGCCAGCCCAACCUGCUGAUGGACAUGCUGGCCUGGGACCAGGAGGGUCCCCGUGACCACUGCCCCUGUGCCGACGACCUCCAGUGCCAACCUCAUGGGUGA